AAACUCCCAGCAGUCUAUUAAAGGGACUGUGACACCUGCUUCCCUCCGGUUGACAGCGAGUAGGAGGGCCUGUCCCUGCCCAGGCGAGAGAUGUUUCAUAUUGCACAUCACCCAUGCUUUAGGGGAAAGUACACUACAGCGCUCCUCUUGGACAUCUGCUGAGAAACUCUAAACAGGAACACAGACACUCACAAAACACAAAGCCAUCAUACAGGAAGCUUGACACAUUCUGAGGUUUGUCUACGGGCCAACCAGAAGACGAGAGGUGGAGGCCACGCUCAUUCGACAUCGUCAAUCCCAGCCUCACCAGUGUUUUCACCUCCGUUCGCUCACUCUUCUCCUGCACUGACGCUGUCAGGCAUCAUGUCUCUAUCUGCCGAGUACUGCAGCGAUAAAACGGGUGACAGGGGUGGCGGAGGUAGAGCUCUGGCCCAUCAGAGGAGGCUGAUCCGGGGAUUGCUGGUUUGGGCCACCCUGCUCACUCUAGGCCUGGCCGCGUCAAUAACUCUGCACUUCAUUCACAGAGAAUCUGAUAAACCACAGGAUACCGGAAACCACAACCAACCGAAUAAAGUCACGGACAUGAUGUCAUUUUCACCAAAAUGGCCUCAAAAAAACAUGGUGGAGCUACUCCAUUGGAAUGUACCGAAAACUGGCUUCAUCGAGGGAGAGGGGCAGUUGAAGGUGAAGUACGACGGCCUGUAUUUCCUGUACCUGCAGGUUACCCUUGACCCUCACAUGAAAGAAAACUAUACAAUCACUAUGCAAACAGAAAGAAACAAGGUGAUUUCCAAAGGUCUUAUCAAUGGAUCAAAACUCUCAACUGUCUUCAUGGGUAAAGGGAUUAAACUGAGUAGGGGAGAUACCUUUAAUGUGACCUGCAAGCCUCAUGCCAAAAUCCAGACCCAUUACACUGAAACCUACCUGGGAGUGAUCAAGCUUCAUUAGAUCUAAAUCGAAGACUGAAAUGGAUCUGUGACAGUAUGAAUGUGGACUCUGAUUAGCACUGAUCUGUUGGAUUUUGAAGUACAGUGGAGACAGUGUGCGACAUGUUUGAUUUGGUAAGAAAUGUAUUA